AUGAAGUCCAGUAUUGAGGAAUCCCUCGUCGAGAACCAGUUCUGGCAAGAGGCAAUCAAUGAGACGCAGAGAACGGCGGCCACCUCAAAGGUGCAUGCUCCAGAGAUCCAGGAACAGAGGAAGAAACUGAAGAAGUAUGUCCAAGCGUCUGCUGAGUCUACUGAUGUGGACCACCGCGCGGGCAUGCAGAUAGUCGUGCCCACUUUGCAGGGAUUUUCGGAACUCCACAAGAAGCUGAAAACAGGUGCUUUGGAUGAGCUCCAAAAUGCAGUCUUGCAAGCAAUGAGAAAGCUCACUCGGUUCAUCACCAGUGCCACUGACGUCACUUGCGAGGAGGUCCCCGUAGACAUGGUUGCGCCUUUGAUUGAGGGUUUGGAGAGCUUUGCUGCCGUUGUCGGCAUUCCGGAGGCUGUUGAGUUGCAACAGCAUUUGGAAGCUUGGUAUGCCAAGUCUGAGGCAGACAUUUUGCGAGCCCGAAUCCAAAGCAGCUUGGAAGGGGCAUCGUCCAAGCUCGCUGCUGCCACCUCGGGCGGCGCUCAGGAGCUUCUGAUCGAUUGGCCUUUGCUUGCAGAGGAAGUCCCCAAGCUGCCCUCUUUGCCGGAGUCUUUGAUCGCAGCCUUUGAUUCUGCAAUGAACGCUAUUGCUUGCGAUCUAUGUUGCCAGGUCAAGCGGCCAGACUUCCAGCAGGAUGCAGCCAAGCAGAUUGACAGCGUCAUGAAGAAGGUUUUGCCACACUCCGACCACCCGUUGAAGGGAGUGGUGGAAGCCUUGAUUGUGCUAGCUCAUGAUUGUGCCGCUUGUCGAGCUGCCAUCAGCAAGUAUACCGGUCUGGGACGCAGCGUGGAGCACAGGCUGCAGCGUGACCCCGUCAACGGCUACCUCAUGACCGCGGCCAGAACCUACAUGAGUUUGGCCCAAUCCAUCGCGUCCUUCGAGUUGGCUCGGGACAAAGCAUUGGAAUGCAUGCUGGAGGACGACUCUUCACACGUCUUGCAGGUGCUGCAAGUGGACAUCGCGUCGGAGCUGUCGGGCAUUCGUAAGGAUGCAUCGUCUUUGGCACUUGCUGUUGAUGCAAUCAUGAAGGCCCGGGCCAGUGAUGUUCAAGGCGUAUUGCAAAAAUGCGAAGAAGCAUCCCUGGGCAUGACCAGGGGGGGCGCCUCUGAUUGGAAACAAGGAAUUAAAGACGAGAAUGACUUGGCUGAGGUUAGUGCGGUAGCCAGCAAGACUCUGGAAAAGGUGGAUGGUGCCUCCCUUGGGCAGCAGCUCGAGGCGUGCCGCCAGGCCAUGAAGAAGGUCGAGGAGUUGCAGUCGACUAGCCGCAAGAUGAUGAAAGUGUUGACCGCAGGGAAAUUUCCUACAUUGCCUGCGGGAGGGGACGGUGCUCUGAGCCUUCCUUCUUGGGAAGGUGCAGAUGAGUCGAUGGCCAAUUUCGAUUUGUCAUUCAAGACUUACCAGCUUCUUUACUGCGAGGGUUUGCUUUACUUCGGCCACUCCAGCCGUUCGAAAGCUUCGACUCCAGGCAUCUCGUCGAUGCUCACUCUCAUCGCAGGUGAAAAGAUCAACCAAGAGCAUGUGCAGCCAGCUCUUUUCCAAAGAGCUCAGGAGCUUCAAACCGCCGCAAGCAGCAAGGCGAAGUGA